CAGGAAGAUGAAGGUGCUCGCGGUCUCGGAAGGGCCGCUGACCAACUACGAGGUCAUGACGCUCCUCGAGGAGCGCAAGAAGAACCGCAUGGAGCGCAAGGGCCCGCAGGCCACGCUGUACGCUGAGCGCAACUGGGUCGACUCGAAGGUGCUCAAGUGUCUUCUCCAGUCGUGCGCCAAGCACCUGAGCGAGGAGAAGAUCUCGGGCUUCCUCACCAAGAUUGGCCGCUUUGAGCUCACGCACGCCGAGAAGCUGCAGUUCCUCAACCACUGCCCGUCCGAGCUUGUCGACAUCCACCUCAUCGUCGAAGACUGCGCGAGCCGGCUCGACGAAGACCAGAUCGCCGACUUGCUCGCGAUCGCUGUGAGCACGCUCGGCAACGACGCGGUCGAGGUCUAAUGCUCGUCAUCGUUUUUAUUUCUC